UGUGAUAUGGUAACAAUGGGCGGAGGAUGGACGGCAAUCCAAAAACGCGUAAACGGAUCUCUGAGUUUUGACAGGAGUUGGACAGAUUAUAAAAAUGGUUUCGGUUCACCUGAACAGGAUGUCUGGGUUGGAAAUGACGUAAUACAUCAGUUAACAAAAGAAAAGAACACAUUCCUUUAUGUGUCCAUCACUCUCCAGAAUGGUACAACGCUGUAUGAAAUGUACGAUCGGUUCUCUGUUUCCAGUGAAACAGAGAAAUAUCAACUCUUUCUGGCAGGACCUGCCACGGGGACCUUAGGUGACAGUAUGUUAAACACUACUUAUUCUUCGGCCAAUCUGUCUGGGAUGUACUUCAGUACACCAGACAGAGAUAACGACAGGGGUAGAUAUAACUGUGCUGCUGACAGUAACAAAAGAGGAGGAUGGUGGUUUAACGCCUGUCACCAGGCCUUCCUCAACGGUCCCUGGUCCCCGGCAAACUGGAGCUGGCCUUGGUAUCCAACAGUAGAGAGUGGGGCAAAUGGGAGGCAGACCAUGAUGUUAAUCAGACGUCACUAG